UAAUAAACGGUCGAGACCGACUUCGGCACUCCACACCCUCCUGUUGAAUUUCAUCCCCGUCCCGCACCGAUCCCAACACCCACUCAAAAGAUCGGUAUCGGUGUCCGGCCCUCUCGACGACGGAGUUGCUCCUCGAUCCGAUUAGCCCGCCGCUCCUUCCCCCUCCCCCUCCUGCCCUGCGUCAUUGUCGUCGAAUUCCAGGCUGAAAAGAAAAUCCCCGGACCGGCAAAGAUGUGCGGCAUUCUCGGUCUCAUCCUCGCCGACUCGACGAGCAUCGAAGCCGCCGUCGACCUGCACGAGAGCCUCUACUACCUCCAGCACCGCGGCCAGGACGCCUGUGGCAUCGCGACAUGCGGGGCUGGCGGUAGGAUAUUCCAGUGCAAGGGCAAUGGCAUGGCCUCCAAGGUGUUCGAGGACGGCAAGCGGGUUGCCGACCUGCCGGGAUACAUGGGCAUCGCCCACUUGCGGUACCCGACGGCGGGAACGAGCUCGAGCGCCGAGAGCCAGCCGUUCUACGUCAAUUCCCCCUACGGCAUCUGCUUCGCGCACAACGGCAACCUGAUCAACGCCCCCGAGCUGCGCGACUUCCUCGACAAGGAGGCGCACCGCCACGUCAAUACCGACUCGGACAGCGAGCUGAUGCUCAACGUCUUCGCCAACGCCCUCAACGAGACGGGUAAGGCCCGUGUCAACACCGACGACAUCUUCAGCGCGCUCGCCCAGACGUAUCAGCGCUGCCAGGGCGCCUGGGCCGUCACCGCCAUGAUCGCCGGCUUCGGCAUCCUCGCCUUCCGCGACUCGUUCGGCAUCCGCCCGCUGAUCAUGGGCAGCCGGCCCUCGCCCACCGUCGAGGGCGGCACCGACUACAUGCUGGCCUCGGAGAGUAUUGCCCUCCGCCAGCUCGGCUUCCGCCAUUUCCAGGACAUCCUCCCGGGCCAGGCCGUCUUCAUCCAGAAGGGCGGCAAGCCCCAGUUCCACCAGGUCACCGAGGCCAAGGCCUACUCGCCCGACGUCUUCGAAUACGUCUAUUUUGCCAGGCCCGAUUCCGUCAUGGACGGCAUCUCGGUCAACAGCAGCCGGCAGAACAUGGGCGCCAAGCUGGCCGACAAGCUGCGCGAGGUGCUGGGCGAGGACGGCAUCAAGGAGAUCGACGUGAUCAUCCCGGUCCCGGAGACGAGCAACACGGCGGCGGCGGUCGUGUCGGAGCGCCUCGGCAAGCCCUUCUCCAACGGCUUCAUCAAGAACCGCUACGUGUACCGCACCUUCAUCCUGCCCGGCCAGAAGGCGCGCCAGAAGAGCGUCCGCCGCAAGCUGAGCGCCAUGGAGUCCGAGUUCCACGGCCGCGUCGUCUGCCUCGUGGACGACUCCAUCGUGCGCGGUACCACCAGCAGGGAGAUUGUCAGCAUGGCGCGCGAGGCCGGCGCCCGCAAGGUCAUCUUUGCGAGCUGCGCGCCUCCCAUCAAGUACCCUCAUAUCUACGGCAUCGACCUGGCCACCCCACAAGAACUCAUCGCGCACGAAAAGACGCGCCAGGACAUUGCCCGGCACAUCAACGCCGACGACGUCAUCUACCAGGAUCUGGACGACCUGAAGUCGGCAUGCAUGGAGGCCGCGCCCGGCGGGAGAGUCACCGAUUUCGAGGUGGGCGUCUUCUGCGGCAAGUACCGCACGCCCGUGCCCGAGGGCUACUUCGAGCACCUCAACGAGAGCCGGGGCAAGAAGCGCAAGAUCGCCGAGCAGGCGGUGCCGACGCCCUCAACAGCCCCCGGCAGCGGCGGGCCCGUCAAUCUGGCAGCUAAGCGCACACUCGUCGACGGCGGCGCUGCCGGCUUGGGACAGGCGGGAGCCGAUGAGGAUGUGAACGGGGAGGACAAGAUCGCCGCCUUGGCGAACCCGCCGAACAGGCAAGAUAUCAGCAUUCAUAACCUGGCGAACGAGCCGACUACCCGAUAGAGGUGGGCAUGGUGUUUGCUCAAUUUUGUUGAAUCAUCGAACUGUUGCAUGCACGGAGCCUUGAAACGGGGCCCGACGGGUGUAAAAAGAAAAAAAAGGCUUAGAGCAUUCUGGCAUGUCCA